GUCGCCUAAAAGACAACAUGCAGGAAGGGGAGUAGGGUGCGCCGAAAGUCCUAAAAACAUGUUUUGUGUGUUGUGCAAGAAAUAUAUUUUUCUUUGACCGUUCUCCCAAAUCCUGAAACAAAGUGCGAUACAAGAAUCAAUCGUAUCCAUGGCAGUACGGUACGACAACGCUAUUUUUCUAAUACUAAGCUGAAUACGUCCCCGCAAGUGGAAGUGAGUGAACCCGUUCAAAAUGGCGCAUCAAAUGCCCCCGUCCGUGAACUGUUCGCUAGAUGAUAUCGACUUGACAGCACUGAAAGACCCAGCAGGAAUAUUCGAGUUGAUUGAAGUCGUAGGGAAUGGGACCUAUGGACAAGUUUACAAGGGUCGUCAUACCAAGACAGGUCAACUCGCGGCCAUCAAGGUUAUGGACGUCACGGAAGACGAAGAAGAAGAAAUCAAGCUAGAAAUCAAUGUUUUAAAGAAAUAUUCAAAUCACCGCAAUAUAGCCACCUAUUAUGGAGCUUUCAUAAAAAAAUCGCCACCCGGUAAAGACGACCAGUUAUGGUUGGUCAUGGAAUAUUGUGGGGCAGGUUCUGUGACAGACUUAGUUAAAUCGACAAAGGGCCAAUCUUUGAAAGAGGAAUGGAUAGCCUACAUUUGUCGGGAAAUUUUGAGGGGCCUAUCGUAUCUGCAUACAAACAAAGUUAUACACAGAGACAUUAAAGGACAGAACGUUCUUCUUACAGAUAAUGCUGAGGUUAAGUUAGUUGAUUUUGGAGUGUCUGCUCAACUAGAUAGGACGAUUGGUCGUAGGAAUACAUUUAUUGGCACACCCUACUGGAUGGCUCCUGAAGUUAUAGCGUGUGAUGAAAAUCCAGAUGCAACCUAUGACAACAGGAGUGAUCUUUGGUCGCUAGGCAUCACAGCGUUAGAAAUGGCCGAAUCUCAGCCGCCACUAUGCGAACUCCACCCAAUGAGGGCGCUGUUUCUCAUCCCCAGGAACCCGCCGCCUAGGUUAAAAAGUAAAAAGUGGAACAAAAAGUUCCACGGCUUCAUCGAGACUGUACUAGUGAAAGACUAUCACGAAAGGCCUUAUACGGAACAGCUGCUCAAGCAUCCGUUCAUCAGGGACCAACCUACUGAGAGACAGGUGCGGAUUCAGCUGAAAGACCACAUUGAUAGGUGUAAAAAGAGGAAACAGGAGAAGGAGAGGGAAGACUAUAGGUAUUCAGGAUCUGAGAAUGAAGAGGAGGAGCCGCAGUUGGCUGGCGAACCAAGUAGUAUAGUACAGGCGCCGGGAGGGGACACCCUACGUAGGAAUUUCCAACAGAUACAAGAAGGGAGGACGCUCAGUCAAGUCGAACCACCUCCCAGGAGUGGCAAGAACAAGGACAGAGAGGAAAUUCCAGAACCAGGACCACCGGCUAGACCUCCAAUUCCACAAAGGAUAAUUGUCGUACCGGACCCUCAACCACCAAGAAGACCACUGCCACCUCCCCCUGACAAUAACUUUGCGGCUUCUAGAUCUCAACAGAACCAACAGCAGCGAAAUUCCCAACACCAAUUCAAACCUAUGGGUCCUGCACGUAAGCCCGAGGAACUGGACGCUCUGGCGGCUCAUCUGAACGAGCUGGGCGUGCAACAGCAGCAGCAACAACAGCCCAAUUCCCAACCGGAAGCUCCUCCGAGGAACAACAGGAAACAGCAACCGCCUCCUACGACGAACAACAACAACAAUGGGGCGGUCGCGGCUGCUGCUGACGUGUUGGUGGACAGCGAAACCGAUUCAGAGCCGGAGGAUAACGGACGAGGCGUCAGGAACGAUGGCACGCUCUUGGCUAGCGAUCCACCAAAACCACUGGCGGGUUUGAGCGCCGUGCCUGAGAGCGGCUCAGGGGGCGGAGUCUCCAGUCCGGGAGGCGGCGCUACAUCCAGCAGCACGACGGGCAGCGCCCCUAAUCGGCCGCUGCCGCCGACGCCGGAUGACGACGAGUCGCAGGGUGACAGGACGCUGGUGCUCAGGAAGCAGUCCGCUCCGCACAAACAGAGGCACGUAGACGAGGACAUCGACGAAGCCACACUGCUUAAAGAAUGGAACUUUGACAAGUUUUUCCCCAGCAAAUCAAGUUCGAACCCAACACCGAAGGGCGCAGACGACAAAGGUCACCGCAGGAUGGAUAGCGAUUCCAAGAUCUCCAAUCCCUUCCUCCGCGGUUUUCGUAGAGAAAACUCAGACUUUUUCCCGAUGAGCUCUCGUCACUCGGCAAUCUACAUCGACAAAAACGUCAGGUCUAGCGGUAUUUUCAACAAUCGCAGAGGCUCUGACGCAGGCAUUUCGAAAAAGUCCUCCGGGGAGCCGGUGUUGAUGGACUACGUCAAAAAGGGGGAUUCUGCUGUCUCCUCUUCCACGCCUACGAAAGAGAUGAACAGAAACAACAACCUGUUGAGUAAUUUCAUGCGUCCCAGACGCGAAAAAACAGAAUCCGACAUCGUAUUGAGACACUCCGAAGUGAGACGGAGUAUAAGAGAAACUCUGGAGGCGAGAAGACGCGAAGUCGAAUCGCAGUUCGCCAAAGAGGCGGAGAGUAUGAGAAGGCGGAGCUCAAAACCGGCCGAAGUGAACUCGCUUAACACGUCGAACAUUUCAAACAGUUCCACUGGGUCCAAUUCCACUGCCGGAGAUGAAUUUUCUUUUGUUCAGAACGGAAGAAGCGGCGAUCAUCCUAGGCAAAGUGUUCUACCAGAUCUUCUUAGUCAGGCCAGUGGAAGUCCUGGAACUCCAUCAGGAAGGGACAAAUCGACUAGUGAAGAGUUCCUAACAAACUCUCCCUCGCAACAUCAACACUCGCCGUCUGUCGGUGGUGGCGGGCAUCACUUGCACGCUAACGCGUUGGCUCUCCAACAGAAACAGCGCUCGUUCCUGGCGUUCGGAUUCGGCGCGAGUGCAGCGCCCUCUAGGCGGGAGUCGCACGUCAACGUCAAUGUGACGCCCACAUCGCACGAGGUGUCGUCCGACACGCCAGAGAUACGCAAAUACAAGAAACGGUUCAACAGCGAAAUAUUGUGUGCCGCUCUAUGGGGUGUGAACCUAUUGAUUGGUACAGAACACGGACUGAUGCUGUUGGACAGGAGCGGUCAAGGGAAGGUGUACCAGCUCAUAUCAAGGAGAAGGUUUCAACAGAUGGAGGUGUUGGAAGGACAAAAUAUUCUCGUGACGAUAUCAGGGAAGAAGAAUAGGGUUAGGGUGUAUUAUCUCAGUUGGCUGAAGAGCAAGAUCUUGAGGACUGAUGGUGUUAGCGAUCAAGUGGAGAGGCGAAACGGGUGGAUAAACGUGGGCGAUCUACAAGGCGCAGUUCAUUUCAAAAUCGUCAAGUACGAGCGCAUCAAGUUCCUCGUAAUCGCGCUGAAGGACAGCAUCGAGAUAUACGCUUGGGCGCCGAAGCCCUACCACAAGUUCAUGGCGUUCAAGUCCUUCUCUGACCUCACGUACCGACCUCUUCUCGUUGACCUCACGGUGGAAGAAGGUACGCGGCUGAAGGUCAUCUACGGCAGCAGCGAAGGCUUCCACGCCGUUGACCUCGAUUCCGCUAGCGUAUAUGACAUCUACCUGCCCAAGGUAAAUGUUGCCGCUACGCAAACUGUAAUAACACCACACUGUAUAGUUACUUUACCGAAUAGCAAUGGUAUGCAGCUUUUGCUGUGUUAUGAUAAUGAAGGAGUAUAUGUCAACACAUAUGGUAGGAUAUCGAAGAACAUGCUGCUCCAGUGGGGAGAGAUGCCGACGUCAGUGGCGUACAUCGGCACCGGUCAAAUUAUGGGCUGGGGCAACAAGGCCAUCGAAAUCAGAUCGGUGGAGUCCGGUCAUUUAGACGGCGUAUUUAUGCAUAAAAAAUCGCAACGGUUAAAAUUCCUCUGCGAGAGGAACGACAAGGUCUUCUUCUCUAGUGCUAAGAGUGGUUCGUCGUGUCAGAUUUACUUUAUGACACUCAACAAACCGGGAAUGGCGAACUGGUAACAGAAAUAAUUUGCACUAUGCAACUGAAUUUGGAAUGAGGGGCGGAUAAAGACCAUUUUGCUUGCGCCUUCGGAUGAGUUUCAGAAGGUCGGAAAGUACUUUCACAAAGUAUAUAUCCUUCCAAUUUGCUUGUUUUUUAGAUUCACAUUACGUAGAAAUGUGGGAAAAACAAAGGAGGAGCACAUUUCCCUAAAUAUCAACCAGAACAUUGUUCUUUCAGACUUUAUUAAAACACCUCCCAUCAGCAACUGUUUUUUAUUAUAUUGUUCACUUAGAUUGGCUGCAUUCAUGGAGCUGUAGGGCUUAAGAUCAGUGUCCGUUUGACUCAAAUGGUCGCUGAUAGAAAGCGCCCCAGUGCUGUGCUUCUUUGAUUGUUGAAUACACAAACCAAAAACCUUGAACAAAAAAAUUAAAGACAAGCUCCUGGAAUUUUAGGACUUCUGCUCUCAUGUUCUUGAUGCUUGUUGUUUUUGUUAAAGGCGCAAGUAGAUGUUUAACGAUCCCUCAUUCUGAAUUCAUAUGAUAUUAUACUACAACCGGACUACAAUAAACUGUAUAAUAUUGGGAGUGAGUGAGGUAUGGUAUGACGCUUUUCCAUAUUUUUGGACACCACAUAUAUUUUAUUUUAGAGUUGAUUUUAUAGUAAAGUGAGGCAAAACUCGAAACUGUGUACAUAUUUGUUUGUAAGCCUAUUGACGGCUUUAAUGUUUCUCAUCAAAAAAUAGUAUAAAUACAGUUGGUACACAAUAGAUCUGGUAUGGUGAUAUAAUGCGUGAACAAAAUCCAACACAAUUCAGUCAGGAAAAAACUAUUUGCAUCUUGUCUUGAAAAUAAUUUACCUGGAUCUAUGUUCAUAUUCUGGAUAUGAAGAGGUUAAAGGAUUUCUUUGAACCUCAUAGUUCCUAGUAACAUCUGGUACCACGUUCCUCUUGUAUCACAUACUGAGAUUUGAUUGUGGCUCAAGUUUUGUAUUUCCGAAGAAAAUACGUUCUGUAGUGCCCAUGCUACUUACUUUUAAGUUUAAGGGAAAUUAUAACUGCAUUAACAUUUCUAACUAGUAAGCUGGGUUUAAGCUACCUGAAAUUGAAUCAACGCAGAACCUAAUGUAAUGUUUUUUCUGUUGUUUUAAAUUGAGGUAGUUUAGUGCCUAAAAGUCAAAUGGAAAAAACACCUAACAAAAAUUUUGGAAAAUGUGAUAAAGGUAUCAAGUAUUUAUUUACUCAACCCUAACAAAAGCUUUGCAAACGCUAGAUUUACAUUUUAUUUUCGAAAUGGUGCUAGCAUUUGAGAUUGAAUUAUACAAAAAUUGGCACUGCACGAGUAAAAAAAUAAAUAACAAAUGUACUGACGUUUCCGGCUUUUCGACAUUCUAUAAGCCAUUAGUAUCAUUGCAUUUUUUUUAUAUUUCCUAUUUUAAAUAAUGGCAUGCAAAAUUUUUUAAAAAUCCCGUUUAGCAAAAAGAUAAUGCUAGGUGCUCUUCUUGUACAAGCUUUGCAUGUGAUCAAGAAAAUUAUCGGGAAGCUAUGAAUUUUCGAGAUUUAUGGUUUGCGUAGAGGGCCAUCUUUAUUUAGAAAAUUUCUUUUUCACGUUGUCGUAUCUUGUAAUAAAUUGUGAUAUAAAGCUCUAACCUUUUGUGGAUUAUUUUUGUUAUAUCACUAACACACGUUUCUUAUCUUUGGUAGUGAGGGAGCAUUUAUAUAAUUUUUUGGUGCCAACCAGGUGUAUUUUUAGAAGUGAUGCUCACAGAAGUUGUAGAUAUAAAAUAGGCGGUAGUUAGUGUAAUAUUUGAUAUAACUAAAUUACUCCUACUACAUCUUUGUAAUGGUGCAAAAGCAGGUAACAAUAUUUUCCAAAGGAGAGGCUCACUAUUAUCUAUGGAUUGAAAACGUUCAAAUGUGACUGGCAGAAAGUAUUGAAGCAAAUCGUUGAGGUAGAUCUUUGUCUUCUUCAGCGAGUUUUAAUCUUCAAUAGUAGGGCAUACGUGUCGCUGAAAAAGUAUCGUUUUUUACUUGGAACUAUUUUUUUAUUCCAAUGCAAAAGUAAUGCUAAUUCAGACAAUUUCAUAGGCUAACGCAAAUAUCUGAAACUUCACAUUAAUAAUGUUUUAUAAAAAAGCAUUACUAAUUUUAGUGAAAAUACUUCUUUUCAGUUGAUUUUGUAUGUUCUGUCUUUCAAUGCGGUGGUGAGUCACACCAGUGUGUCAGUUUAGUGAUUUUCUUUUUUGUAUAUACUUAUUUGCAUAAAGACCAUUGCAUACAUUUUUCAAUGCGAUUUAGCAUUUAAGCACUACAUAAGCAUGUCGACUGUUUUUCUUCAACUUUUGGCGACUGAUCAGACUGUCUUCUUUUUAUACGCAGUUUGUAGGUUACCAAAAAUUUUGGAAGACUUACCUAUAUUAGACAAAAUUAGAGUGAUAAGGUAACCCUUUUUAUACUAGUCUGGAAUAAGUGGGAUAAAACAGUUUUGUAUGGAAAGUGCAAAAAUUAGAUAAUAUUUGUUAAGAUGUACGGAAAGUAUAAAUAUGCUCAUAUGUUUCAAAGUAUGAACGAGCACUUGAUUAAAAAGGCAGGAAAAUAUAUAUAAAAACAACACAUCUUAGCUGCUCUUGAAAAGCUUUUUGUUUGAUUUCAAAACCAGUUACACUAAGAUUAUAGUUUCACAGAUUCUCGAAAUGAUCACUGAUAGUCUAGCCUACUGGUGGUAGCUUUUAGCAAUAAUGAUAAAAAUCAGAAUCGAUUAUUAAAGCAAAUGUGCGAGUUUUUACUCUCAGCUACCUCCACAUCAAUCGACUACCCAGGAGUUCUUUAAAAUUUUCCUAUGUGUUGUGAAGAAAAAUUAAAUACGCAAAGACGUUUUGUAAUAAAAAUUGGUGUAUUUAGGUUGUCUUAGAUUUGUUACUUAAGUAUACACAACAGUGUUGUUUGCAAGAUUGUUACGUCUCUCUGUUUUGUCUAAUUUUUGUUCCUGUAUUACAUGUUUCAGUAUGAUUGCACAUAUGACACAUUUAUGGUUUUUCAAGCUCAAUUGGUAAAUUCAGGAAGUCUAUAAUUGGCAAUUUUACUUGAUCCAAAACUGCUAAAUUCGAAGCUUGUUAUUUAUGGAUAAUAAUUAUCGAUAGCAUCAGCUCUAUUGUAACGCUGACUAAUUUAUAAAAAAUAAAUGUUCCACCCAUUUUUGUUAAGUACAUUUUUAUCGAUGCUCUCUUAAUUUUAUCCAAAAUCUAAUAAGCUUCCAUCGUAUAAAGUAAGUUACCGCGUACCUAUUGUAGGAUGUAUAAAUAAUAGCAACACUGAAAAUUUAUUAACUGAUGAUUAACUCUGGUUGUAUUCUUUGACCUCAAGGGAGGUUGAUUGGAUUUGUGUUGUUAUUGUUUUUUCAUCCAUCGUUAAUGUAAUCAAAAUUAUAAGUUUUUUUUUGUGAAGUAAAAUUUGCCGUUGUAGGUUUCAAUAGAUUUGGUGCAAUUUAAGACUGUUUAUAUAUUUCUUUGUAUUAUAAAUAUACUUAGGACGAAUCAUCAUUAAUCACUUUUUACUUGCAGUACUUUUUUAUUUGCAUAUAAUGCCUUCAUGUAAGAAGCUCGUUCUAAUGCUCUUUUAUAAUAAUUUCCAAAGAAAUGGUAUAUGUGUG